AUGCGCGUGAGCACUUCGCCCGUAGCGGUGAUUGGUCGGCGGAAUCUAGGGCGCCAAAACGGCGGCCUGCCAUUGGUCGGCCGCCGCCGCUGUGGUAAUUUGGCAGCGCUUCAAGCAGGCGUGGCCUGGAACAAAUAUAAAAAUCACGAUAAAAAUGUAGAAAACAGAAGUUAUUAUAUCGACAUUAUCUACGCAACAAGCCAUGCUAAAUUGCCACAUCCAGUACAACAAUUUUUCAAAUUCACGUACCCAAUUCACAAGAGCAUCCGGAGUGCAUUCAUAUCGCUUGGCGUGAAAAUAUGGUUCCAGAAUAGAAGAACGAAAUGGAAGAAGAAAGACAAUAUCACGAACGCAGAAGUGGCAGAAUUCAAGCAACAAAAUAAACCAGCAGCAGAAGAGAAAAAAGAAGAGCCCACAAAAGAAGAUCCGCUUGCUUUAGACAUAUUUUCAUUAAAAAAGUUGAAGAAAAGAGAGGAAGAGGAAGAUCAAGUACAGCCUAAACGAGAAGCUGGCGUCAAGUCGUACAGUGAGGCCAAAGAGCUGGUGGAGGACAGAGGGACGAACCUCUCUCCACACCACACCACCGCCCAACAGAGGCGCCUACACCGAACCGCCCACGACUUGGCGAAUCUUCGCAAUGACAGGAGCGGUUUUGAAUUUUCCGUCUUUUUAAAAGCGUCUCGGUAUGAGGUAGUGGGUUCGACGCCGAGCCGUAAGCCGCUGAUAAACGAGUAG